CCAGAAUCUGACCUUGACCGUCGACGACAAUUACUCAGCACAUCACUAAUAACUCAGCGACAUUUGGCCAGUGAGAGUGGUGCCGCGGUGACCCCGCAGUUGAAAUAUCGCCUCUGUGGACCUCACUGAUGUUCUCACUGCACAUCGCAACUUCUCUGGGCUCCGACUCACCCUUGGACAUCAUCAAGUUGCCACACAAUACGGAACGCCGCUGUGUUUCACAAGAGCCAAGAUAUACCGUAUUCAACCGCCAUCCUUAAACCAUCUAAUUGCCUCUCAUUUAUCUUUACCGCCAUCUUACCGAUUCACUCACUCAUCAUUCUGAAAAGGCUCACCUCUCUCACAUACUCACAAAGGAGGGAAGAGAACUCACCACCACCAAAAGAAAACAUGCCGACCCCAGACCUGCCGACCCUAACCUUCGCCGACUCGGAGGAGACCUCCCUCCUCUCCCGCAAAUUCGGCCGCGAGAUCGCAAACUACUUCUCCGGCAGCCCGCUCAACCGGCUGUCCUUCCUACGGGCCGACCACGACUUCCUGCGCGCCGCCUUCGCCCACUCGCGCGCGCGCUUCCUCCUGCUCAACGCGCUCGCGCCGCUCGUGCAGGCGGCCGACACGGCGCAGCUCGCGUUCGCGACGCACGCCGAUGUGGUCGCCCUGACGGGUCCCGCGGAGAGCGGGGGCCCCUUUUCCCGCACCGAGGAGGAGAUGGUUGCGCAGUAUGACUCUAGCGAGGAAAGGGUUAUUGUUGUGUUUUUGGGCGUGGAUGAGACGAGUAUUUUGGAUGCGACUACAACUCAGAAGGAGGAGGUGGAGGAGUUUAGGUAUAGGGACUUCAAGGGGACGCCGUACUUUGCUGUGGACGUCACGCCGCGGGGGAAGCUGGCCGGGGCGGCCGAGGGGGUCAUCAACGCGAUGAAGGAGAAGGGGUUUGCGUUCCACGAUCACUCGCCGAGGCAUAUGGGCUUGCACGCCGGGCAAGCGGCAAUAUACGGCCACGCCCGCGCGCUGGUCGACUGGAACACGCGGACGCCCUUCUGCGCCCAGUGCGGCCAGCCCACGCUCUCGGUACAGGCGGGCACCAAGCGGGUGUGCCCGCCGACAGACCGGGCCGGCGGGCAGGUACGCGAGCGCAAGCCGUGCGCCACGCGCGGCACCGUGUCGAACCACAGCUUCCCCCGGACGGAUCCGACCGUCAUCAUGGCCGUCAUCAGCGCCGACGGCACCAAGGUGCUGCUCGGCCGGCAGCGGCGCUGGCCCAAGUACUGGUUCAGCACGCUGGCCGGCUUCCAGGAGCCCGGCGAGUCCAUCGAGGAGGCCGUGCGCAGGGAGGUCUGGGAGGAGAGCGGCGUCAAGGUGGGGCGUGUGGUCCUGCACAGCUCGCAGCCGUGGCCGUUCCCCGCGAGCUUGAUGAUUGGCGCUAUCGGGCAGGCGCUGCCGGGAGACGGGGAGAAGAUCUAUCUCGGGCAUGACGCCGAGCUCGAGAGCGCCAAGUGGUUCCCGUUGGAGGAGGUCAAGGAGGCGCUAGAGAAGGGGGCAAGCGGCCUGGGAGAGGCGGCGCCGGAUGGCUAUGUCGAAGGCGCGCUGAGGCUGCCGCCGCAGACGGCCAUCGCGAAUCGUUUGAUGACGGCCGUCGUGGAGGGGUGGUGGAUUCCUUCGAGGAUGUAGUUCUACGGUUCGGAGAGAGCAAGCCCAUCUUAGACAUGAUAUCCGCAGACCUGAGGGAUAGAAUAAUGAAGAGCAUCUGAAGAACGGACGACACACGCUCAAAAAUCAAUGACUCGAAGUCGGGCAUAAUUGCAGG